AUGACGGGAGAUGGGUAUGAGAAGCUGGGUUCGGAGAAGCCCGAUGGAGAUGGAGAUGGAGAAGAGAAGAAGAAGAAGAAGAAGAGCAGCGUGUGGAAGAAGGUGAAGUACCAGCUCGUGGACUACCACGCGCUGCCUGGUUACAUGAAGGACAACGAGUACAUCCAUCGCUACUACAGAGCGGAAUGGCCCAUCACCCAGCUCCUCCUCAGCGUCUUCCGCAUCCACAACGAAACCCUCAAUAUCUGGACGCAUUUGAUGGGGUUCUUUCUGUUUCUGUUCCUGACGAUAUACACGGCGAAGAAGGCGCCGGAGAUAGUGGAUCUCAAUUCGCUGCACCGGCUGCCGGAUUUGCUCCGGUCGUCUUCCGGGGAGCUGUACAAGGAGUUAAUUGGGUGCUUGUCUUCUUUUCCAAACAUGCAUGAUCUUCAUAGGUUGAGGGAAGAUCUCCAGGCUUCCUUUACCAAUCUUAGCCUUGUGGAUGUUCUCAACAAUUGCCUCCCUAAACGGUUCCUCCAACUUCAUCAGUCUAACGACUCCAUCCUCGAGCAAGGAGGUGGCAAAGAGGAAGAAUCAUUGAGCAACUUGCUGUUGGGUCCCCUACUAUCCCCGCAGCCAGCAAUCACAAGAUGGCCAUUCUACAUAUUCAUGGGAGGAGCAAUGUUCUGCCUACUAUCCAGCAGCAUCUGCCACCUCUUCUCCUGCCACUCCCAGCGCAUGUCCUACAUAGUCCACCGUGUCGAUUAUACAGGAAUCGCCUUGCUCAUUGCCACCUCAUUCUACCCGCCUGUCUACUACUCCUUCAUGUGCAACCCCUUGCUCUGCAACCUCUACCUGGGUGCCAUCACAGUGAUGGGGAUCGUCACAAUGAUCUUCUCGUUGCUCCCGACGUUCCAGAGGCCCGAGUUCAGGAGCUUCCGGGCCUCGCUGUUCUUCGGGAUGGGGGUCUCCGGGGUCGUGCCCAUACUUCACAAGUUGAUCCUGUAUGGGACCCACCACCCUGAGGCCCUGCAGACGACCGUUUACGAGGUUCUGAUGGGGGUUCUGUAUGGGUUGGGGGCUCUGAUCUAUGCGACGAGGGUCCCCGAGAGAUGGAAGCCUGGAUGUUUCGAUCUCGCCGGCCAAAGUCACCAGCUGUUUCAUGUUCUGGUUGUGGCUGCUGCGUUUACUCAUUACCAGGCUGGCCUUGUUUACUUGAAAUGGCGGGACUUGAAUGGUUGUUAG